AUGGCACUGCCUCAGGCCGCAAUUUCUGUAAAAUUGCCAUCCUUCUGGUCUUUUGAUCCGGCCCUGUGGUUCGCCCACGGCGAGGCUCAGUUUGCUGCGAAUAGGAUAACAAGCGAUGCAGCGAAACUGACGCAUUUAAUCGGUGCCCUUUCUCCUGAAAUAAUGAUGGAGGUCAGGGACUUGAUUAUGGCCCCACCAGGUUCCGUGUCUUACGACACUUUUAAGAAUGAACUAAUCAAAAGGACCUCCGUCUCGGAGCAACGGCGGCUGCACCAACUCUUAAUUUCCGAAGAGUUGGGAGAUAAAACUCCGUCGCAACUAUUACGACGGAUGAAACAACUGCUAGGUGAUCAGACCUUGCCAGACGGGAUAUUUAAACAGAUAUUCCUGAAACGUCUGCCUGCCAACACACAAGUGAUACUGGCAUCUACGAAAGAAUCGGCUUCUGUCGAUGAACUGGCCGAGAUAGCAGAUCGAAUCGCUGAGACAGCCAACCCCUUCUCGACAAUAGCGCCAAUAUCUUCCACCAAUCCUUUUGCUACUUCUUCGGAUUUGUCGGAAAUGCUGGAAGUACGUGCACUUCUGACUCAACAGGCAGCGCAGAUACAGACACUCUCAGCGCAAUUGCAAGAGCUGACAUGUCGCAGCCGCUCACCGCACAAGAACAACCAACCCCGACACUUUCAUAGAAGACAAGAGAAAGAACUUGGUGGAUUGUGUUGUACAUCUGUGGAGAUGUCACACCAUUAA